UUAAGGGUCAACAGCUCCUGUUGUACUCGGCCGCCGCCCUGAGCGGUUGAUUUCCUCCCUUGAGUGAUGUGUUUUGUCAAUGAUCAGCCUCACCCUAUCUGUCGCUGUGCGUUCCUACCUACCCAUCCCGCUGUUCUCCUGCAUCUGUACAGCGUGGUAUACAAUCAGUCGUCACUCGCUGAUGAGCCGAUGCAAAGUUGCGUUGAAUUAUAUUAUCUUGUUGUUGUCAGGGAAGCGUGUGUCUGUUCUGAACAUUCUGUAUCAGUAGAAAAACAGCCCUACCUACCAACCGCCACUGGCUGGAGAUCUCAAAUGCUCUGAAGAAUUCUAAUGCUCUGAAGAAUUCUAAUGCUCUGAAGAAUUCUAAUGCUCUGAAGAAUUCUAAUGCUCUGAAGAACUCUAAUGCUCUGAAGAAUUAUAAUGCUCUGAAUAAUUCUAAUGCUCUGAAGAACUCUAAUGUUCUGGGGAACUCUAAUGCUCUGAGUUGUCUGUUGCGUUCAAGUGCUCUGACUACCAGUGCUGAUAACAAAGUCCUCCAGACUGUCAGGGUCUGAUGAGGGUGUCUGAUGCUGUUGCCUGAUAAUGAAGGGGAUUGUACUUUGACAAGGGUUCUCUCUCCUCUGUGACGUUCUCCCUGUAACGCUGGGUUAAAUCCAAACCAACUCAUGUCUAAGAUCAAAGACCCCUGUUGGGAGAUUUAGAAAUCUGUAGUCAAUCAACAAUAUAAUAAAAGUGCUAUUCUCUAACUUACAGUUUCUUGAUAUUAUGCAAUUCAGUGGUUCCGAAAAUUCUGUAUAACAUCACAGCAAAGCUGUACAUGUUUUCAGUACAAUAUACCCAGUUGUGUUGUCCUUCAAAAUGUACAUUGUUCCAAUGUAAACUACUGUACUGUGCAACGACUGUCUACCAAAAGUUAAUUUCGUAUUAAAGCUCAUAGGUAAGUAAAAGAACAGUUACCUUUGUCCUCCAAAAGAUGAUAAACACAAGUAUAAAAAUGAACAACGUCUGACUCAACACAUCAAAUCUUCAUCCACUCCGGGCCAAGAGGGCGGCCGUUAACGGCCUGUUUUCCUGACCAGUGGGUCACAGCUCCCUCUGUACCACGUGGCUAGCAUCAAGAGCAGGACACUGGACGGAUUCUGAAACGGGCCUUCACUUUGAGUGGUCCCUGAAUGAAGAGAGAGAGGGAGAGAGGGAGAGAGAGAGGGAGAGAGAGAGAGAGAGGACUGUGUAGAGGAGAUAAGGUUUGAGGGAUUGUUCAAGUGAAGAGCUGAUUGGUGGAGAGUAAAACAAGAGUUGAAAGAAGUAUAACGACAGAAGAAGAGGCACGGCGUGUUUCACCCCCUUGUAGGGACCCGAUGUUGACGCUGUGACCAAGAAGAACUCGCCAAACAAGUCUGCUAACGAGCGCUGCUGGCGGUUUGCUGCCUCUGCACACCAGAGCUCCUCUCACCGGGACCGAAGGAAACUCAACUCAGGAGCCAGGACUCGGGGUAUGGAUGCCCACGCGGGUCAAACAGAGCUGGGCCGCGCCAUGGUCGACUCAAGUGGGACAACCAAAACGGGAAGGAGAGUUUCGCCCCACAACUCGCCGGAAUUGUUUCGUAAGCAGGUGGUGACCAAACGGAAAUACAGGCGGUUCACAGUGGCCCAUACCCGCUUCGACGCGGAGAACGGCCCGUCGGUGUGCUGCAGCCCUUCGGACCCCCAGGCCUCCCCUGGUUCCGGCCUGGUUCUACACCCCAACCUGGGUGGACACGGGCAGCGGCGCGAGUCCUUCCUCUACCGCUCCGACUCCGACUACGACCUGUCACCCAAAUCCCGCGAGAUUUCCCGCAAUUCCUCCAUCGCCGGAGAGCUGCAUGGAGAAGACCUCAUAGUGACUCCUUUUGCUCAGGUUCUUGCCAGUCUUCGCACUGUCCGAAACAACUUCACCUCCUUGACCAACGUGCAGUGUGCCUCCAGCAAGAGGUCACCUGCCACGCCCCAACCCCCCGUGACCAGAGUCGGUUUGUCAGAUGAGUCAUACCAGAAGCUGGCCGUGGAGACGAUGGAGGAGCUGGACUGGUGUCUGGACCAGCUGGAGACCAUUCAGACCUACCGAUCUGUCAGCGACAUGGCCUCCAAUAAGUUCAAGAGGAUGUUAAACCGGGAGCUGACCCACCUGUCGGAGAUGAGUCGCUCUGGAAACCAGGUGUCAGAGUACAUCUCCAACACCUUCCUAGACAAGCAGAACGAGCUGGAGUUUCCGUGCACUGUGGCCAAGACCAGGGAGAGGAAGAAGAGACCUCACCAGCAGACUCAGCAGGGGGGUCAGCCCCAAGGUCAAGGUCAGGGAACAAUGACCCAGAUCAGCGGUGUCAGGAAGCUCAGCAACACCCCCGGGCCCCAAGGCAGCGGCGUCAGUCGUUUCGGCGUGAAGACAGACCAGGAGGACCUGCUCUCUAAGGACCUGGAGGACAUUAACAAGUGGGGUUUGAACAUCUUCCGGGUGUCUGAGCAUUCCCAGAACCGGCCGCUCACAUGCACCAUGUACGCCAUCUUCCAGGAGCGAGACCUGAUGAAGACAUUCAAGAUCCCGACUGACACCUUCGUGACCUUCAUGCUGACCCUGGAAGCCCACUACCACUCGGACGUGGAGUACCACAACAGCCUGCACGCGGCGGACGUGGCCCAGUCCACGCACAUUCUGCUGUCCACGCCCACCCUGGAUGCUGUCUUCACGGAUCUGGAGAUCUUGGCGGCCAUCUUUGCAGCAGCCAUCCACGACGUGGACCAUCCCGGAGUCUCCAACCAGUUCCUGAUCAAUACCAAUUCAGAGCUGGCCCUGAUGUACAACGACGAGUCUGUCCUGGAGAACCACCACUUGGCCGUGGGCUUCAAGCUGCUGCAGGAGGAGAACUGUGACAUCUUCCAGAACCUCAGCAAGAAACAGAGACAGUCCCUCCGGAGGAUGGUCAUCGACAUGGUGCUGGCCACCGAUAUGUCCAAACACAUGAGUCUACUGGCUGACCUGAAGACCAUGGUGGAGACCAAGAAGGUGACCAGCUCUGGGGUCCUGCUGCUGGACAACUACACAGACAGAAUACAGGUGAUGCGUAACAUGGUCCACUGUGCCGACCUCAGUAACCCCACCAAACCCCUGGACGUGUACCAGCAGUGGACCGACCGGAUCAUGAAGGAGUUCUUCCACCAGGGCGACCGGGAGAGGGAGAGGGGCAUGGAGAUCAGCCCCAUGUGCGACAAACACACCGCCUCGGUGGCCAAGAGCCAGGUGGGCUUCAUCGACUACAUCGUCCAUCCUCUGUGGGAGACCUGGGCCGACCUGGUGCACCCUGACGCCCAGGACAUCCUGGACACCCUGGAGGACAACCGGAACUGGUACCAGAGCAUGAUCCCCCAGAGCCCCUCUCCUCCCUUCUACAGCGGGGACGGGGAGGGCGAUGGGGAGGGCGGAGAGCCGGGUCAGAAAUUCCAGUUCGAGCUGACGCUGGAUGACAGCCAGGAUGGGAACGGACCCACGGGGGCAGAUGAGGGGGACAGGGGUACAGUGGAGCGGGGUGGAGGGGAGAUGGACUGACACACGGUCGCCCUCAGAUAAAAUGCUGGGAAUCACCGUCUUUGUCAAAUCCAAGCAGCGGUUUUAUUGCAGUGGAGGAAUCCUGCAAUCACAGAGCUGCACUGCAAGAGGGCCUGGAUGACUUUGGGCCCUUUCAGAAGAGGGUGGGGGACCUUGGCACUUGGUUUGGGAGCCCUCAGGAAGAUUAGCAUGAAGUUGAGGAGAGCGACGCACUGAAGGAGAUUCGAUGAACAGCUGUAUCUUGGUCCUUUGCCAGAUACUACCGUCUUUGUUUUGGACAAACGCUGUAGAAAACGCCAAGCUGAGAUGCUGCCGGAGAUUAGUUCUGGGACAAGACGAGGGACUCCUGCCCCUCAGAGCAGUUGCUGUUCUUCGUUUCUUUUUCCGGGUGUUUGUAUAGUUUUCUAGUGGGAUUGAAUGGGACGUUGCAUCCAGAGUUCAAAGCUAGUGGUCCACAAGUAUUUGUAAAACAAAAGGUUUACCCUUUUCGUAACACACGUGUCCUACCACUUGUUGUGUGCCUUUUUUAUGACAGCGUCUUUUGUAACGUGAUUUUAUAAUUUAUUGAAAAGGUUAAUGUUGAUUUUGUGAAAUGUCUGUUUUCUACCCAGAAAUAAUCGGCGUGCCUCUCGAACGAGAGGAGAAUACACGCAGGUCUUCCUCAUGUUGUCAUGGCAAUAGUGCAGUGUAGUUUCACCACUGUGUUUUUUUGGACUUUCACAAAUCGUCGGACUUCCCAGCACAAGUUGCACUUUUUUCUAGGAAAGACUUUUAAACUAAAGAGUAGAGCGAACCAGAGCCAUAUAUUUAUUCCUAUUUAUUCUGAAUACAUGGCCCUGGGGAUUACUAAAGAGCCAGGUUCUUCAUUCAACACCCACCUUUGUAAAACUACACACACUCAAUGUAACAUACUGUCAACAUAAACAAUAGCAACAGAACCAAUUAGUUCCACACUCAUAGCGGAACAAUUGCGAGCCUGUUAACGUUGAUUUUACGUAUCUGCUUAACCAUUAAGCAAUUGACUCAUAAUUUUUUUUCCCCAUGAAAAAACAUUGAAAGUCCAUUUCUCAAAAACCCAACGAGUUCCAAGGAUGUCCUGAUCAAAGCCCUCAAACAGCGAGAGGCAACAUGGUGCACGAGAGACAUCCUGUAAAAAAUCUAAUCUGAUUGAAGCACAGAAUUAAGUUGAAUUUAGGCCAAUCAAAGAAAACCAUUGAGUGGUUUGUUUUCAGAGAGAGAGAAAUCACAUGUCAUGUGAUGUCAUGUGAUAUUCUGAAUAAUACCCCAUUUAGAACCAAAGUAAAAAAAUAACAUUGUCUGACUCCAGCUGAUGUUAUUCUGUUUGCCAGAUUAGCCCUGAGCUGAACACAAUUUACCCUAAAAAUAAAAUAAAAAUCACAAUAAAAAAUAAACACAAUGAGAAUUCAAAAACAAAGAGCAAACACAGAGCAAAGAGCAUUUUUUUAAAUUUGCAUCACAUAUUGUGUGAUGACACUUUUUUAUGUUUUAACGUUAUCUCCAUGUUUUCUGCUUUAGCUGGGUACCUAGUUGCUAGCCUGGUUGCCGUCUCUGUUCAGUUUAACAUUUCACUGCUUGUCUCGGGGGUGAAGAGGAGUAUAAACUAGAGAGACUGUUACCCAGGCUAUCUAGCUGCUCGCCUGCCAGCAACACUUCUAAAUGGUACAUUGAUGGAAACUGCAUCAGUGUGGGGAGGUCAUGUCGUAAUGUCAACACAACCCUCCCUGUCUGUCUGUGUGUGUGUUUGUGCAUUUGUGCGUGUGUUAGCGUGUGCGUGUGUGUUUGCGGGCAACAACAGCACAAUCUCCUCCUUGAACCUAAUCCUAUGUGAAUCCUUGAACUGUUUGAUACAGUGUAUUUAUGACUUCUAUCUGUAAAUAAAAUAAUAUUCGCAAAAUGUACACUAAUGUUCAAAUGUUCUGGCUCACUUAGGAAUAUCCUUGUUUUUCGAAAGAAAAUAAAAAAGUUUUUCCAAUAAAAUAACAUCAAAUCUAUCAGAAAUACAGAGUAGACAUUGUUAAUGUUGUAAAUGACAAUUGUAGCAAAGCACAGCUCCAAACUAUGCAAGAACUACUUAGGGAAGCAGUGAGCUGAUAUGCUGUCUGUAUUGGAGUGGCCAGCACAGUCACUGGAUCUCACCCCUAUUGAGCUGUUGUGGGAGCAGCUUGACCGUACGCUACGUCAGAAGUGCCCAUCAAGCCAAUCCGACUUGUGGAAGGAGCUUCAGGAAGCUUGUAGUGAAAUCUCUUCAGAUUACCUCAACAAAUUGACAACUAGAAUACCAAAGGUCUGCAAGGCUGUAACUGCUACAAACGGAGGAUUCUUUGACGGAUGCAAAGUUUGAAGGACGCAAUUAUUAUUUAAAUCAAAAAAAGAUUAUUACUUACCUUGCAAAUUACUAUAUUUCCUAUUCAUGUUGCUAGACUUUUGUUCAUGAAUGUUUUCAUGGAACUCAAGGAAGUUUUUGAGUGACCCCAAACAUUUGAACGGUAGUGUACAUUUAGUAUAAUUUAUAUGCACUGCCAUUGCCUAUCAAAAGACGUCUACUGUUUGUUACAUGGUUGUGCAACGCUUACGUUUUCUUUACAGAUUUCCCUGACACCAUUGUUGAACCCUAACGUGCGAAGCUGACAAGGCUAUCAGUUUAAAACCUUUUGACAAAAAAAAUUGCCAAUUAAAUUUUUCAAUCAAUUGUUCCGGGUAAAAAUACAAUUAGCGUUGCAAAUUCAAAUGGUUGGUUGACGUCUCGAAAUGCCCCAGAAAUCCUGACGCGCGCUGCCGUGUAACGCCCUGGGUCUCUGGGGAAGAGCCUGGCAGAAGCGUAAUCCCUCGGUUGCCGGUGUUGUUGUUUUUUUUAAUGUUAUCUCGGGCUGUAAUGUUGGCACCAUUGUUCCCAUGUUAUGUGUGGUGACUGGUUAUUGCACACGUGUCCAUUGGAAUACUACAUUAAGAUGUGCUCAUGUUUCCCAUGUACUUUGCUGCAGUAUCAUGAUUUAUGGUGAGGUGUCGCGUGUUCUGUUCGACAGAUAUUUUUUACAAAAUUAUUAAAAUGAGCAUGAAUUUACUCUA